GAUUCAUUCAAGUUUAACUAACCAUUUUCAAACCAAUUUUCUAUCAUCAUAAUUUUUUUCUAGCUAAGAAAUCCAACCUAUAUCAAUUAAUAAAAAUUAAUAACCAUGGCAAAAAGUCAGAUUUUUAUCACCAUUUCAUGCCUAAUUUUAUUCCUCUCCCUCUUCCAUACUCUGACAUUAGCUCAGUUGUCAUCACCUGCUCAAGCACCAUCAACAACACCAAAUAAGAAGAAUAUUCAUCCGUCAUCACAUCAAUCGCCAGCUCAAUCGCCGGAUCAGCCAUUGGUGGAAGCUCCACCAGCGGCUAUUUCCAGGAGAAAAGGACAUCCCACCAACAUUACAGAAAUCUUGGAGAAAGCCGGCGAUUUCAGCCUGUUUAUUCGUCUACUAACAAACACUGAUGUCAUCACUCCCAUCGAAAAUGAUCUCAACUCUUCCAACACUGUCACCAUUUUUGCUCCAACCAAUGGAGCAUUCUCAGCCCUUAAGACUGGAACACUCAACACUCUCACUCCCCAACAAAAAACACAACUAGUCCAAUUUCACAUCAUCUCAGCCUUCAUACCCUUACAAAACUUCCAAACCCUAACAAACCCUGUUCAUACUCGAGCCAUUAACACUCGCGACUUCCCAUUAAACAUUACUAGUACUGACGGAUCUUCUGUCAACAUAUCCACUGGUGUUGUCAACACAACCAUAUCUGGAACUGUUUAUUCCGAUAACCAACUCGCUAUCUAUCGAGUUAAUAGUGUCUUGCUUCCUAUGAAAAUUUUUGCUCCUAAGAAGCUGAUGAGCUCACUGGCACCGUCUCCAGCACCCGCGGUGGCCUUAAAGCCUAAGAAAAAAUCGAUGGCAUCUACUGAAUCGUCUGAAUCACCCUCAUCCUCAUCAAAACCAUCUUCAACAUCUACAUCAUCAUCGUCGCCAACAUCAUCAUCAUCAUCAUCAUCAUCCAAUGAUAAUGAAACAGUAGCCACUUCGACAAAUACAUCUGGUGCUGAACGGCGGCCAGUAUUUGCCACGAUCUCCAUUCUUGUUGCUGUUGUUGCAUUGUUCCUAUGAUACUUAUGCAUAUCAUCAUCCUCCAUAUUAAUUAAUCAAUAUUUGAUUUUCAAUAAUAAUUAAUCAUAUAUACAUACAUGCAUCUUUGUGUUCGUGUAAGUACUAAUUAAUAUUUUUUAAUUAGUAUUCAAUUUAAUUUUUGUGUUUGCUUUUUCAUCAUUAUCAGCAUUAUAUUGUGUUAAGAGAUAUAUAAUUGAAUUCAUAAUGUAUCGAAAAUUAAUUUCUAUUUGCCAA